AUGGGUGCUGACAACUUUGAAGCUAAUGAAGAGGGGGAAGUAAAAAUUAAAGAAACAAUGGAGAAAUUUGGAAAAUAUCAAAAAGUACAGUACCUUUACAUUUGUAUUGCUUCGUUACUCAUUACAAUGAUUAACAUAAACUAUGUAUUUGUUGCUGGGGAUCUCAACUAUCGGUGCCGGAUCUCUGAAUGUGAAGACCAAUAUGCAGUUUAUAACGCCACGUGGUGGCCCAACAAGACUAUUGACAGAUGCACGAGACCAAAACUUAAAGAGGACUUUAAAGUUGGGCAAACGUGCACCAACGAAAUUUUCACAGAUGAGGUCGAAGAAUGCACUGACUGGGUGUACGAAACUAAUGACACCGUCGUAGCUCCGCUCAAUCUCGCAUGUCAGCCGUGGAAGUCUAAUUUAAUUGGGACUAUUCACAAUGUUGGGAUGCUGUUUGCAAUGAUAAUAUCUGGUUGGCUGAUAGACAGAUUUGGCCGUAAACCGAUGUUAAUUAUCUGCACCGUGGCAAGUUGCAUUGGAAAUCUAAAAGCUUUCACGUCAUCGUACGAUGUGUACGUGUCUGUUGAAAUGCUUGAAGCAUUGGUAGCUGGAGGCACGUAUACGGCAGUCAUGGUUUUAAUGAUUGAAAUUGCUGGUAAACACAGAAUUCUAGCUGGAGUGCUGUACGCGUACACUGUUUAUAUGGGGGAAUCAGUUUUUGCUUGUAUAGCAAUGUUCGUGCCUUACUGGAAGAACCUGAUUCGAAUAAUUUAUUGUCCUACUAUCAUCUUCAUUUCCUACAUAUUCCUUAUUAAAGAGAGCCCUCGAUGGCAAAUAGUAAAUGGACGGACCGAAGAUGCAAAAAUCAUACUUCUACAUAUAUCUAAAGUCAACAAUAUCAAGAUAAACAAACAAAAAUUAGCAAAUAUGAACGAAGAAAGCCUAAAAAAAGAGUUCGAAAUAGAGAAUUAUGAACAUAAGGAGGGUUUAAGCGCUGUACUGAAAUCAAAAGAGAUUUUAAAACGUUUACUGAUUGGAGCGUUCUGUAGAUUCUCCGUCAGCUUUGUUUAUUAUGGGCUAAUGAUGAACUCGGUGUAUCUGCCAGGAAAUAAGUACACGAAUUUUAUGCUAGCUACAGUAAUGUCGUUCCCAGGCGAGCUAAUAUCAAUGUAUUUGAUGAACAGAAUAGGACGAAAGAUUCCAAUCAUUUAUGGUUAUUUUAUUUGUGGGCUGCUCUGCGUGGCAUCUGGAUGGACCCCUGAGGAAUAUACAUGGCUCAAAAUAACCCUCUUUUUAUUCGGCAAGCUCUUGAUAUCUGUAUGCUUCACCGGAGUUACGACGUAUACGAUGGAGCUAUUCCCUACCAGCAUCAGGGGUACCUUACUCGGAGUGUGCGCGCUGACUUCCAGUAUUGGCAGUAUGCUUGCACCUUUAACCCCAAUUCUGAACACAGUCUCCGUCGUCCUUCCAUCGAUGUUUUUCGGUGGUUUAGCAUUUAUCUCUGGAGCUCUCCUGACUUUGACACCUGAGACAAAAAACUUGCCACUGAUGGAUACCAUAGAACAAGUAGACAAAAACACAGAACUACAAGAAAGACUAAAAAGAGAAAUAACUAUUAAAGGAGAAGAAAAUAACGGUUUCGAUAAUGAUAUCAUAACAUAA